AUGAGAAGGGAUGAAUAUUUAAGAAAACUCAAAUGGACAGUACCAAAUGAAAUGUUAGUAUUGAAAAACAUGUUCCAUGACAAAAUAAAACCAACUACAGAAAUAAAUGACGCAAGACUGAAACGUUGGGUAAAAGCUUUCCCAUUCACAAAAGAUAUUAUUGGUUACAUGGAAAGAAAACCAGAAUGGCUACAAAAACAUAUAUUUGGAAACGAGCUUAUUCCAUAUGGACAAGCUCUGUUUGAAGAGCUUGAACCGGAAACUCAGGAAAGAGUCAUGCAAACAAUAAGCGAAGACUCAAAUACAAACUAUGACAAAAUCUUUCUAGGAUAUAGGUUACCUGAGAUGGGCGACCAGAGCCCAAAGGCAAAAAGGACAUGGGAAAUUUACAACAUACUAGGUGAACAUGAGGCAAAGAUGCUACAACUUGAAGCAGAGGGCAAGUUACCAAAAGCGACACCAAAGAAGAAGAGAAGAGUAGAACAAAGUGAAAGUAGUGAAGAAGUAACUUCAUCUAGUGAAAGUAGUGGCAAUGAAGGAAAAAGAAGAGUUAAAAACUCAGUCAGGAAGAAAGUAAAGCUUGGUCCGAGUGGGUUCUAUUAUGACAUAUAA